CGUUCACAUGGUCAUAGGCCACUCAUCGGAGUCAGUUUUAGGUGAUCGAGUAGGGAAAAGUAUUUGAUUAAAACAUAAAAAAUGAACGUCAUCACCAAAUCGUCGAACAUCGCCUCGUUGACAAGGGCAACAGCAACAGUUGUAUCGAAUGGGUCAUUGCCGGUGGCAGGGUCCAGCAAGACCACCAAGACGAAAAUUGCAACUCCACCGACGAUCACUCGCUCAACAAGCUACAGUAUCGCUCAAGACCUUUUUGACGGACCGAUUCGUAUGAGCUCGGGACCAGCAGUGAGCACUCAAGUUGUCCAAAAACGUCUGGCGCAUACUGACAUUCAGGUUCCAAAUUUCGAUGCUUAUCGAAAAGACUUCCUAAAGGAUCCCACGAUUAAGACGAACAAACAUGUGCCGGAAAGAUCCAACUUUGGAUAUCUCGUUGCUGGAACCACGGGACUAGGAGCAGCUUAUGGCGCUAAAGCGUUUGUUGUUGAUCUUGUCAGCUCAAUGGCAGCAUCGUCUGAUGUACUCGCCAGUGCCAAGAUCGAAAUCAAACUUAACAGUAUACCUGAAGGAAAGAGUAUGGUGUUCAAGUGGCAAGGAAAGCCUCUCUUCGUCCGUCACAGGGGCGCACAGGAGAUUGAAACGGAAUCACAAGUUGAUCUCUCAACCCUUCGUGACCCUCAGGCCGACAGCGAUCGUGUUAAGCGUCCCGAAUGGUUGAUCGUUCUUGGAAUCUGCACACACUUGGGUUGUGUACCAAUAGCCAAUGCUGGAGACUUCGGGGGUUAUUACUGUCCAUGCCAUGGCUCUCACUACGAUGCCAGUGGACGUAUUCGAAAAGGGCCAGCUCCCCUAAAUCUCGAGGUGCCUACAUACGAAUUCGUCGAUGAUAUAGCUAUCGUUGGUUAAUCCAAAGGAUAUUCCAUAGUAGUAGUACGUUGACAUCAUGGAUUGACUACUAUAAAUGCUGUCUCGCAAGUGAAUGAUGGCUUUGAUAUUUCUUUCAAUUUUAAUCGAUUUCUGUGUUAAAUUUGUGGAUUGAUACAGCUGAAGAUGUACAGUAUACCAUAUUAUAGAAUGAAAUACAUAAGAAAAUCCUGAGUGAAAAAUGAA